AUGAUUCCCCUUACCAAACUUCACAACGAAACAGAAGGGUUUCUGGUAAAUGGAGAACUCAUUGUUGCUGCUGAGGUAGAAGUUCUUGAAGUUAUCAGUACAUCAGUAGAAUCAGAGAUAUCUGUAGAGGCAUCUGAACCACUGAGCGAGAUGAAUCUUGAUGAUGGUUCGAAGUCUUGUGAUUGUCUCAACAAUGCUCAACAAGUGAACGAAAAAAGCAUUGAUGUCAAUGGGUUCCAAGUUCUUCCUUCACAGUUAAGAAACUUAUAUAAUGCUGCAAACUUCUCUUUCUCUCAAAAGAACAAGCGCUACUCUAGUAGCCCCUUCAAACUCGCCGGCUGA